GGGCCAACGCUAGGUCGGGCAUUAGAGGGAGCCAAGUAAGUGAGGCAGAACGACUACGCUCAGGCAUAAGAGACGAUGAUAGGUUGGGCACUGUAGGGCGCCAAGUAGAUGAGGACGAUUCCACUAAUGGCGCCGUUAGAGUGGAGGGCGACACCGAAAAGCCCUUGGUAGCAGGCGACGUCUUUGACAGUAGUAGGAGUUCCAUAGUGGCCUACGGUGGUAGUCUUGAGUGGACCCAGCCUCUUGUCUCGCCAGCGAGGGAGAGGCUGAAAAGCAUGGGAGAGGUGCUGCAACAACUCAGAGAGGAUGUCAUAAGAGAAUCGACGGGGGCGCUAAAUGGCACUGACUCUAGAAGUGGAGGCGCCAGGGAUGUCGGUGGCGACGCCUUUUGCUAG